CCCUGAUAUAGAAUGACAGCACAUUGCCACAAUUUAAAUGACGCUGCCUCUGCCUCCUCGGAAGGACAGGCCCUCCAGAGAACACCAGCCACAGCAGCUGUCCACCCUCACAAAAGAAAUCUUCAUCAUGGCCUAUAAAGCAGCACAUUUGGCCUUUAAGUCACGCUGGCACAAGACAGACGAAGAGCUCUGCCGGCACAGCAUGUCCUUUGUCUUGCACAAGGCGAUCCAAAACGACUUCUUUAAGUGUUACCUUUAUCUGCUGGAAAAGCUUCCCCUGGUGAAACUUUACGCUCUGACAAGUCAAGUCAUCAAUGGGGAGAUGCAGUUCUACGCCAGGGCCAAACACUUCUACCGGGAGGUGCCCGCCACGGAAGAGGGAAUGAUGGGGGACUACAUCGAGCUCUCCAACACAGACGUUGARUCCUCCCGGGAAUUUCUCAGGAAGUUUGUUGGGGGGGUGGGGAAAGCUGGCACCAACCGCGCCCUGGACUGCGGCUCUGGGAUAGGUCGGAUCAGCAAGCAUGUCCUGCUGCCAGUUUUCAAGAGUGUGGAACUGGUGGAUAUGAUGGAGAACUUCCUGGCUGAAGUCCCAAACUACCUGCAGGGCAAGGAGGACAGAGUAGAGAUGUAUUACUGCAAAAGCCUCCAGGAAUUCACACCAGCCCCACAAAGAUAUGACGUCAUCUGGAUUCAGUGGGUUUCAGGAUAUCUGACAGAUAAAGAUCUCCUGGAGUUUCUGAUCCGGUGCCAGGAUGGCUUGAAGGAUAAUGGUGUUAUCAUUCUGAAGGACAAUGUGGCCAGGGAGGGCUGUACCUUGGAUUGUCUGGACAGCAGYGUGAUCCGAGACCUGAACAUCCUGCACAGCCUCAUUGAAAUGAGUGGACUGACCAUCCUGCGAGAGGAGAGGCAGGAGGGGUUCCCUGAGCAGUGUGUCCCUGUCUGGAUGCUGGCCAUGCAAAAGGGCCCUGGCCAUUCCUGAUGGCCCCUGGCCAUUCCUGAUUGCCCUGUGAGACUGCAGAGACUGGACUAUGGAUGAACCACAGGACUGGGAAAGACAGAAGCACCUACUGGAAUCCCCCAAACCAUGCACUGCUCUCGGGCAACAACUCCUAAAGGGUCAGGAGAGAACUACAAUGGAGCCAGCUUCACCCAGGAAUACUCUAAAUCAURCCUGCUUCAUCAUUCUUCCCAUUUUUAAAAGCUUUCUGAACCUCCUUGUGGGAUCUCUCAUUAACGAGUUCAACACUGGACAAAACUCAUCCAACAGYGAAUAAUUAGGUCUGAUGUUUCUGUAGCAGUUAAUACAUUUUGGAGUGUUCUGUAUGAGGUGUUAACAAAUAAGCCUGGUUUUUACUAUGGCACUUAAAUCUUGACAUUUAAGAAGGAUCAGUCAGAUCACUGAAGCAGGAAAUUCAAGUAACUUCU